CGCUUUACGUCAUAACAACAACAACAAUAACAUCCGGUCCGCCCACCAUCUUGAGAUGAUUCGCAACAAGAUACGACUGCCCAAAUCUGGCAGAUUUUGCACAAAGACAGCUCAGGGUAGAUUGCUGACUAGUCGAAAUAUAACAAGUACGACUUCAAGAUCAGUAUACCCUAACCAUGAAAAUGAACAUACCUAUGCAAGGGCAGAACCCCUACAACCUAGCAUACUACAGCCCAACAUUAAUGAUGUUUGGACAGAGGAGACAGUUUGCGAUUCUACUGAGAAUAAAAGCAUGCUCACACCAUUGGAAGAUUGCAGAUUCGUGGUCGACUUUGCAUAUUUGGCCACACAAAUGGUCUGCAGGAAGUGUAAUUGCAGGUUAUAUCUUCAAAAUGCUCUAGGCAUCAUGAAGGCUGGCCUAGGGGGAUGGUUGCACAUAAGAUGUGUAUGUGGGGAGGUGAAGAAGGCAGCCUUGUCAAAAAUGCAUGAAACCAAGACAAUAAGUUCCAGAGGGAGAAAGGUGUUCGAUGUCAACACAAAACUAGCAUCAGCCAUGAUUCACAGUGGAUUGGGGGCUUACAAAACUAGGGACAUCCUUGCAAUACUGAAUUUGCCUGCAGUUUGUAACACAACCCUAACCACAAGACAGACUGAGAUAGGGGAAGCCAUGGUGAAGGUGGCAGAUCACUCUAUGGCAAAUGCUGUGCAGGAGGAGGCCAGACUCUCCAGUGCUGCAGGUAACCGUUGCUUCCUAAAAUUAACACUGGAUGCUCUGCAUCUCGUGCAAAUUGUGGAGAGCAACAUAUUCAAGGAAUGGUCAUUCCACAUUGCACUGAGCCCAGGGCCUAAUUAG